ACUGUUACAUUAUGGUACAGGGGAACACGGUUUCAGCCAUUGGACCUUUUAGUGGCUUAAAAGAGGUUCGAAAAGUAGUCCUAGACACUAUGAAGAAUAUUCAUCCAAUUUAUAACAUUAAAACCUUAAUGAUUAAACGAGAGUUGGCGAAAGAUUCUGAGUUAAGAUCACAGAGUUGGGAAAGAUUUCUGCCACAGUUCAAGCACAAAAAUGUGAAUAAACGCAAGGAACCAAAGAAGAAAACUGUUAAGAAGGAGUAUACACCAUUCCCACCACCACAGCCAGAAAGUCAGAUUGAUAAAGAAUUGGCUACUGGUGAAUACUUUCUGAAGGCAAGUCAAAAGAAGAGACAGAAAAUGGAAGCAAUAAAGGCUAAACAAGCAGAAGCUCUUAGUAGGAGACAAGAGGAAAGAAACAAAGCGUUUAUUCCACCUAAAGAAAAACCAGUUGUGAAACCUAAGGAAGCUUCUACUGAAACUAAAAUUGAUGUGGCUGCCAUCAAGGAAAAGGUUAAGAAAGCAAAGAGUAAGAAACUGGGAGCUCUUACAGCUGAAGAAGUUAAGCUUAAAAUGGAAGCAGAUGAAAAGAAAAAGAAGAAAAAAAAGUAACAUACAAAAACAAAAAACCCUGAGCUAGAAUUUAUUAAGCUAUCUCCUUUUGUAAAGGAUUUUGAGAUACUAGGGCAUUAGUUGCCUUAUCCGUGAGAAGUAAUACCCUGAUCAGUUUUUUCUGAGUUUGUUUCGUUCUUUAUAACAGUGUUUAUAUAAACAGCAAUUCUU